AUGGGAUAUGGGGUCAUUUUGCCUUAUAGAACCCACGACCUUGGCGCUAUCAACACUGUUAUAGAAUUCUCGGAGAGACGGGACACUAAGGUUAUAAGCGGAAACUACAGAGAUAACGAAGAACACCAGCAAGUUGACAAGCCAUCAAUCAACAGACAGAGCAGAAGGAAGUCAUCCAUUUCAAUUUACUUAACAAAAGUUUGUUUGCAUAAUUAUGGGACUUCUUUCAGCAGAACAUCAUGUGUGGUCUACUCUCUCUUUUUAAUAUACGCCAUGGCCGAUGAUAUAGUCUAUACCGAUAUCAAAAUUGUUAGGGCUUUUCCUUUAGAACAUUCAUCUCCACUUCUGCAAUCUGUUUCUUCCAACUCUUCUACCACUCAUAAAUCAUGCCCCUCCAACGAAUGGAAGCUGCAUGGGGGAAAAUGUUACUGGAUUGCUGAAAAUAAGAAAACUUGGAAUCAAAGUAAAAAUGACUGCAUGAAAAAUUCACAUCUCAUGGUGAUUUGA